CAGAGCCUCUCGCAGCCGCUCUCUGCCUACAACAGCAGCAGUUUAAGCCUCAACAGUUUAAGCAGCAGCAGAAGCAGCACUCCUGCCAAGACUCAGGCUCCCCCUCCACACAUAUCUCACCACCCCUCCGCCUCACCAUUCCCCCUCUCUUUACCAAGCCACAGCCCACUGCAUACCUUCACGCCCACCCUCCAGCCCCCCGCACACCCACAUCACCCCAAUAUGUUUGCCCCUCCUACGGCUUUGCCUCCUCCACCUCCAUUGACGUCAGGGACCCUGCAGGUUCCAGGACACCCAGCUGGUAGCACUUACUCAGAACAAGAUCUUCUCCGUCAGGAACUAAACACGCGGUUUUUGGCCUCGCAGAGCGCGGAUCGUGGGGCCUCCCUGGGCCCACCGCCGUACCUGAGGACCGAGUUCCACCAGCACCAGCACCAGCACCAGCACACACACCAACACACACACCAGCACACCUUCACGCCUUUCCCUCACGCCAUCCCACCCACUGCCAUCAUGCCGACGCCAGCACCGCCCAUGUUUGACAAAUACCCUACAAAAGUUGACCCCUUCUACCGUCACAGUCUGUUUCACUCCUAUCCUCCAGCUGUAUCAGGUAUUCCUCCCAUGAUCCCUCCAACGGGCCCCUUUGGCUCACUCCAAGGAGCAUUCCAGCCCAAGACUUCCAAUCCUAUCGAUGUUGCAGCCAGACCUGGAACUGUCCCACAUACCCUCCUACAGAAAGAUCCACGGUUGACAGAUCCGUUCAGGCCCAUGUUGAGGAAACCCGGGAAGUGGUGCGCUAUGCACGUCCACAUCGCCUGGCAGAUUUACCAUCACCAACAGAAAGUCAAGAAACAGAUGCAGUCAGAUCCACACAAGCUAGACUUCGGCCUGAAACCUGAAUUUCUGAGCAGGCCCCCAGGCCCCAGCCUUUUUGGAGCCAUCCACCACCCCCAUGACCUGGCCCGGCCCUCGACUCUCUUCUCUACAGCCAGUGGGGCUCAUCCAGCCGGAACCCCUUUUGGUCCUCCACCUCACCACAGCAACUUUCUCAACCCAGCUGCUCACUUAGAGCCUUUCAAUCGACCAGCUUCCUUCAGCGGUCUCACUGCAGUGGGUAGCAAUGCCUUCGGGGGACUCGGCAACCCGACAGUCACACCCAACUCAAUGUUCGGCCACAAGGAUGGCCCCAGUAUGCAGAGCUUUAGCAACCCUCACGAGCCCUGGAACCGACUGCACCGAACUCCUCCUUCGUUCCCGACCCCUCCGCCCUGGCUGAAGCCAGGAGAGCUGGAGCGCAGUUCAUCUGCUGCAGCUCAUGACAGAGAUAGAGAUGUAGAUAAACGAGACUCAUCUGUUAGUAAAGAUGACAAAGAAAGAGAGAGCAUUGAGAAAAGACACUCCAGCCAUCCUUCGCCAGCACCUAUCCAUCCAGUAAACUCCCUCGGACAUAAUCGCAGCUCCAGUGAGCAGAUCAGGAGCCAUCUGAAUCCUGAGGUUCGAGAAAAAGAGAAACCCAAAGAGCGAGAGAGGGAUCACUCCGAAUCUCGGAAGGAAAUUAAUGUUGAAGAGCACAAGGUGAAGGACAACUAUAUUUCAGAGAAAGAAAGCCUGAGCCAUGAAAGCCGAGUGGUGGAAGAGUCGAAGCAAAUGUCCAGGGUUCCUUCACCCUAUGCUAGGCCACCUGUUGUGGAAAGCAGCAGGCCUAACAGUACUUCAAACCGUGAGGCUGAGAGGAAGAAUGAGCCAGCGUACGAUAAUCCGAAGAAAAGCAGUGAAGUCAAAGUGAAGGAGGAGCGAAAGGAAGACCAUGAUGCUCAACAUGAGGGACCUCAGACUCACAGGUCGUCUGAUCAGCCACCGCCUAUAUCUACAUCUAACGUCCAUCCAAGUCCUUUAGUGUCUAUGCCCAUGACCGUAGGUGUAACUGGGAUACAUCACAUUAACAGCAUCAGUGGUCUGGAUAGGACUCGCAUGAUGACCCCUUUUAUGGGAAUUAGCCCAAUUCCUGGUGGAGAACGCUUCCCUUAUCCUUCUUUCCACUGGGAUCCAAUGAGAGAUCCCUUGAGAGAUCCUUACAGAGAACUAGAUAUUCAUCGGAGAGACCCCCUGGGCAGAGACUUUUUGCUAAGAAAUGACCCCCUUCAUCGUCUUUCUACGCCAAGAUUAUAUGAAGCCGACAGAUCGUUCAGGGAUCGGGAACCUCACGACUACAAUCACCACCACCAUCACCACCACCCUCUCUCCGUUGACCCUCGACGUGAGCAUGAGCGGGGCAACCACUUGGAUGACAGGGAGCGGUUGCACAUGCUCAGAGAGGACUACGAACAUGCACGCCUGCACUCAGUUCACCCGGCCGCCUUGGAUGGACACCUGCCUCACCCAAGCCUCAUCACACCAGGACUUCCUAGCAUGCACUACCCCAGAGUCAGUCCCCCGACAGGACACCAAAAUGGUAUCCUCAAUAAAACUCCUCCCACAGCAGCUCUCAGUGCCCCUCCACCACUUAUUUCUACGCUGGGGCCUCGGCCUGGGUCUCCAAGAAGGACUACUCCUCUGUCAGCAGAGAUGAGAGAGAGGCCUCCUUCUCACACCCUCAAGGACAUCGAAGCUCGAUAAGCAGAGCGAGACUAAAUAAAAAGCAGAGAGAGGGACAGAACGUUGUAAAUGAACAUAAAUAUAAAGACCUUCUUACUAGUCUAUUGAUACAGACUGGGAAUGUGACCCACUGUACAAUAUGUAUAGACCUGAGUGCAAAGAUUUUGAAAUGUUUUUUUUGUAUAUUAUAUGUUGAAAUUUUCCAGAUCUUUUAGCUAAGUCCAUACGUUCCUCGUGUCUCCUACUCUAUUUUAUUUCUAGUUAAAAAGUUUCAAAAUUUGAACUGAAGAACAAGACAUUAAUCUGAAUGAUUUGCCUAGAAACAAGCCACCACCAAUGACAACCGUACAAAGCUCUUUCAGACCAGAAGUGAAGACAUUUGUAGAUAUUUAUGUAAAAAGAGUGCUUCAUGGGUUAAUGGUUCAUAUAUGCAAAAAGGGUAAGAUGAAAGCUUUACUUUGUACAAAUGUAAAUAGAUAAAAUUAAGUAACAUAAUACAUUAAUACUUCUUAAACUGUGCUAUUUGCAAACUUAAUAUUGAUCAACACAGUCUGCUUAUGCUGUGUUACAUAUAUUGUUAUAGACAGCUAAACCCCUUCAACUAUGCAAUUAAUUUUAAGGCUUUUCACAAAAGCCUUUAUAACUCAAAGGAGCCUUUUCAACACACAACAUACUUAAAGUCAUAUUUUCCCUGAACAAGAUCAUCUGUACCUGAAACCUAUUUCUCCUGCUUGUUUUGAUGAAGAAACGGCCCACUAGAAGUGUAGUUUUCUGUCUGAACCCCUGCAUCAAGAUGCUGAUGUUACUGUACCUCAUGUAUUCCUUAGAACGCGUCAGGUUAGCAAUCUAGAAUCACUGAUACUGUCAUGGCAAAUAGGUUUUCAGUCACAUUAAUCUGGGUUAAACCGAGUAAUGAUCAAAUGCUGGCUGUUUUCGAGAACAUUCGUCACUUAACACGUCAGAUUUAUUUUUGGAAGAACCUCUGCUGAUAACCAUUCAUGUCUGUGUGUCAUUUUUCUCUGUACGCACACUUUUCUUUUUUUUUAAGUGAUGUUUAGCUACACUGAAACAAAUCCUACAAGAAAGCCAAUACUUUUCUAGAAAAAUGAUGGAUGUGUUUUCACUGUGGAUCAGUAGUUUAAUUAAUGAACUCCGCUGCAGAUUUCAUAAUGCAAUUUGUUGUAUUUCAGUUGGUAAUAAAGUCUGUGAAUAGUUAACAGGUCAGCCUUGUUGUUCCCUAAUCACAGCAGACGUGAAUUCACAUGAAGAACGUGGUUCUUUUUAACAAAAUGCAUCAUUCUUCUGAAAUCUGUCUUUUCAUAACACACUUUUUUAUAAUGCAUUAAGUUUCUUAUCUAAAUAUUUGGAGAGAAUAUGACUUUAUCAGAGAGAAUUCACUAUCUUGUCUACUGGACUGUAAAAUAUAUGUAUGAAAUAAAAUUAGUUCCAUUGGUCUUCUAGUGUAUUAAAGUGCUAUCUGAAGUUGUUAUCCUGUUUUGGCAAAAAAAAAAGAAAAAAAAGAAAAAA